AACCACCACCUCACAUUUCACGAGAUUCUUAUCAAAAAUUCUGUCAGCCCAGCCAGCACGCCCCCAACCAAGUUCCCCGUUUCAUUUCCUGUUCCAUUUCCCGUCCAGUUCCCGUUCCAGAACAGGGUCCCUGUUUAACUACCCUGUUUAACUACCCAGUAAGAGCAAUGGUCAAGAAGCCCUGUCUCUCCAAAAAGGCAGCAGCUAAGAAGGCGUCCAAAAUUGCCGCCAAGGCCGAAGUGCCCUCGCCCUCGCCCUCACCAUCCACCGCUCUCCAAACCCCCGCGGAACAGCAGCGCCUGCUCGACAUCUUCGCCGACGCCUUUGGAAAUGUCCUGGUCUCGGACAACUUCCCCACGCUGCUGCAGGAGUUGAAGCGGGCGCUCUUUAACCGUGAUUUUGCCACUGCCUUUGGACGCGAGGACUACCUCGAGGCGUAUGCCGCGAGAUGGAGCCCCACGCGUGCGCUCGGCUACGCAACCGUCUUCCUGAGCAUUCGGGCGCAUCUGAAAACGAUGGUUGAUGCUGAUGCUGAAGAUCCUGUUGAGGUGGAGGGCUCGACAAGUGGAGAGCAGGCAAAGGUCGCCGCGGCGGGGAAAAGCGGCACGCUGCGAAUGGUCUGCAUUGGCGGUUGCGCCGCGGAGCACCUCGCCUUCGGGUCUUAUAUCCAGUCCCAAGACCUCACGGGCCGCCUCACUCUCGUUGACUCCGGCCCUUGGUCCUCGGUCAACGACCUCCUCGAGGCCAAAACCACCUCGCCGCCGCCGCUGUCCAAGUACGCCUCCACCGCUGCCAAAGCCUCCAACCAGUCCGCUCUGCUCCGGGACGGCCAGCUCUCGCUCAACUAUUCCCAGCAGGAUAUCCUCGCUCUGGAUGCCCCGGCACUGGCCGCCAUGUUUGGCGAGGAACCCAUCGCCCUGACGCUCAUGUUCACGCUCAAUGAGCUGUACACGAGAGGCGGCAUCGCAAAGACGACGACGCUGCUCAAGACCCUUGGGCAGGUCCUCGCAGCGGGCAGCUUGGUGCUGGUCGUGGAUAGCCCCGGCAGCUACUCAGAGGCUGCUGUAGGAAAGGAGCAAAAGAAGUAUCCCAUGCAGUGGCUGCUUGAUCACACACUUCUGGAGACUGUCUCACCAGGCUACAACUGGGAUAAGAUCGAGUCUCAAGAGUCCAGCUGGUUCCGGCUCCCCGAGGAACUCCACUAUCCCAUCCAGCUCGAAAACAUGCGUUACCAGCUACACCUGUACCGCUUAGAAAAAUCGUCUUGAUUAAAGCAUGCUGCGUUCGAGUAAUAA